AUGGCAUCUAACGAAUGCGUUAGUAUCCUGCCGGCACGGCAGGAACUAAUAAAAGUUUAUAAUACCACAAUUCAGGUUAUCGUAGAAGAGCUCAUGCUCAAAAAAUAUUCUUCGUAUCCUCGGAAGAUAAAACGACAAUUUGUAACGCAGAAGAAAUUAGCCAACAUUACAAUUGACAAGGCAGUGAAGGCAAUGGCUUCAAAAAGCACAUUUCUGCUACUUGUGCUGGUUGGAGUUAGCGCAAUUAAUUUGGUUGGUGGCGUUAGCAGCAACGUUGCUGAGUUAGAGCGUCAGCGGUGGCGAGAGAAGCUUCCAGAAGUCGCUAUGCCCGAAACCCUGGUGGCUCGUCUCUCCCCUCUUUCUCUAACACAGCUGCAGUAUUUCGCGGCGGGGCUAAAGAAGAUGGACGCUACUUCUUUCGAUGCCCACCAAUUCUGCCGCUCAGCCGGUUUGAUAUGCCGUGAAGACGUGAUUUUUCGCCUUGAAAGCGGCUCACUUUUUCUGCGCCACCCUGAUGAGGUCGAGGAGAACGUGUUCGUCGACAAGGACGAACUGCGGGAGUCGGGGCAAAUGAUUUUGCCGGAUCUAAGCCCUUCCAAAUAUUCCAUUUCAUUUUUGCCCACCGAGUUGGCAGAGAUGAUGCCGCCAUUCUCUUCUGCAAAUGUUUCUCAACUUGUGAAUUUGUUGAACAUCCCGAGCGAGUCGAAUAUGUCCCGCAGCAUGUUGGAGACAUUGAAGAUAUGCGAGGGAAGUGGGGUAGAGGGAGAAGUGAAGAGGUGCAGUUCGUCUGUUGAGGACAUGGUGGAAUUCGUUGUGUCUGUUUUGGGAUCGGACAUCGACCUGUUUACUGAUCCAUCUGUUCUAGGAUCCGGUCAGCGGGUCACCAUUACCAAAGCGAGUAAGAGGGAGGAUAUCGUGGGAGGUAAACCGCCCGUAGCGUGUCAUAACUUUAUGUUUCCUUACGGGGUGAGUUAUUGUCAUUCUAUCAAGGGAAGUGAGGUAUUUGAUCUCCAGUUGGAGGUUGUGCAGAAUGGCGAAAAGGUUAGGAGGAACGCUACAGCAGUAUGCCAUUAUUUGUCUGAUGGAGCGGGAGGAAAUCAGGCUGCUUGUCAUCUCGUUUACGGGGAGAUGUUACUCUGGACGCCUAAGCCUACGCAUGAUUAG